AUGAGGUCACAUUUCCUCGUGAACAAAGAAGUCCGCAUUAAUGCUCAAGGGAGUUCUAGUCCAACUCUUUCAAUAGAUCAAAUUGACAAUACAGCUGAACAUUGGAAGAGGGAUGACAUUCUUGUCUUUAACACUGGCCAUUGGAAAAACUACUAUAAAGAGGGAGAUUAUCUUUAUCCAAAGCUUGAUCGAGUUGAUGCCUAUAAAAGGGCUAUGAGGACAUGGGCAAACUGGAUUGAUCAUAAUAUUAAUCCAUCAAAGCAGGUGGUCUUCUAUCGUGGCAGAGGUGGAAAUUGGGAUUCAGGUGGGGUUUGCAAUGGAGAAAAAGAACCAGUCGUAAGUGGAGCCAUACUUGAUGACUAUCCUUUGGAAAUGAAGAUAGUGGAGGUAUUCAAUAUGCGGAUUCCUGUGAGGCUGCUGAACGUGACAAGGUUGACCAAUUUCCGCAAAGAUGGCCAUCCAUCGAUCUUUGGCAAGAAUGCAACCCCUGGAAAAAAUGUUUCCACAGUGAUCCAAGACUGCAGCCACUCGUGUGUUCCUGGGGUCCCUGAUACAUGGAACGAGCUCAUUUAUGCCACUUUUGCUUUACAGCAGACCUACUCAGAGUAA